AUGAAAAAGGUGCCUUAUGCCAAUGCUAUAGGUUCUGUGAUGUACUUGAUGGUUAGUACUAGGCCUGGUAUUGCUUAUGCUGUGUCUUGCUUGAGUAGAUAUAUGUCUAAUCCUAGACCUGUGCACUGGGAGGCUUUGAAAUGGCUUCUUGCCAAUGCUAUAGGUUCUGUGAUGUACUUGAUGUGUGAUGAUGGUGUUGAGCUAUGUGGCUUUGUUGAUUCAAACUAUGCUAAUGACAAGGACAAGAGAAAGUCCACUACUUCUUAUGUGUUUACUGUGUGUAGGUCUUAUGUUAGUUGGAAAUCUCAAUUGCAGCACAUAGUUGCCCUCUCCACUACUGAAUCAGAAUAUAUAGCCAUCACUGAGGCUAUGAAGGAGACUAUUUGGUUAAAGGGAGUUCUCUCUAAACUUAAAUUCUUGAAUGAUACUCAUGUUGUAUAUUCUGAUAGUCAGUCUGCUAUACAAUUGUGCAAAAACCCUAUGUUUCAUGAUAUGACCAAGCAUAUAGAUGUUAGGUUCCAUUUCAUUAGAGAUGUUGUUGAAAAAGGUGAAGUGUUUUUGCAUAAGGUGCAUACUGAUAAGAAUCCUACUGACAUUGGCACUAAGUGUUUACCUGUGGAAAAAUUGCUUUCUUGCAUUAAAAGGUUGCAUUUUGAUUGUGGUUAG